AUCUGGCCGAUGGAAGCUACCCCAGGCCUCAGGCCUCAGGAGUCCGCGCAGACCUCACGGCUACCUCUUGGGUUACGGGGAAAGCAGCCGGAAGAUGAGUUAUGUUCCUCUGCAAAAACAUGAACGAAGCCAGGAAGCUAAGAAACUAGCAUCUGAAUCCGUUUAUGUGGUUUCACUGCAGUCAAGGAAUUCCCAAGGACAGAGUCAGCCAGUCUAUAGUGCAGCUUUAACCAAGAGAAAGGUCUCAGAGGAGGAUGAGCUAGAGGAGGCAAAAGACAUAAGUGUUCGUGUUAUGUCCUCUCAAUCUGUGCUUGUUGCGUGGAUGGAUCCCAUAUAUGAAAAACCGAAGAAGGUUGACCCAACCAGGCGAUACGCUGUUCGUUAUCGAGAGAAAGGGGAAUCAGCAAGGUGGGAUUACAAACAAGUGCCUAACAGACGGGUGUUAGUGGACAAGCUGAUACCAGACACCAUGUAUGAGUUUGCAGUGCGAAUUUCAGAGGGAGAAAGGGAAGGCAAAUGGAGUGCUUCCGUUUACCAACGAACCCCAGAAGCUGCUCCUGCAAGUGCACCUGAAAAUUUAGAUGUUUGGCCAAUAAAAGGCAAAACAACCUCUGUCACUGCAUCUUGGGACCCUCUUGCAGAGAGUGAAGGAAAAGUAAAAGAAUACAUUCUUUCAUACGCCCCGGCUCUCAAACCAUUCGGAGCAAAGUCCAUCACCUACCGUGGAGGUACUACUUCUGCCAUAAUAGAUGGUCUGCAGCCUGGGGAACGCUAUAUUUUCAAAAUUCGUGCAGCAAACAGGAGGGGACAAGGUCCUCAGUCUAAAGCCUUCAGUGUCAUUAUGCCAACAGCCAGUAGGGAUGAUUCAAAGGUUCAUCAACAAACAAACAUUCAAGAUAAUAUGGAGUCUAAAAAACCUGGUGAUGAUGUGCCUUCAUCCCCAUCUCGAACCUUUCCUGUUCCUUCUCGGAAAAUCCAACCAUCAGCUUCCUCUAAGCAUACUGCUGUUCAUUCAUCUAGUUCUCCUAGUGGUGGAGAUACAAAAAGUCCUCUUUCUGAGUUUAAGAAUAAACUGUUGGCUGGUAGUGGGGUGCUGAAUAAAUCACAGCUAUUCUCUAAAAAGACAUCAGAGCGAGAACCUGAUCCCCAAGUCACUGAAGUCACAGAUGAUCAAGAUUCCUCCAUUGAAAUGCCAACACCAUUGCCUAAAACCCAAGAUCAGAGAAGAAACAUUGGACCCUACUCUCCUAGCCGUCCAUUUCCUUCUGUCCUUUCUUCAGGUAGAACACCAGUUAGGCCACGCACUCCAGUAAGGACAAGACAAAUGAGCACAGACAAACAUGGCUCCUCUUCAUCUUCCUUGUCCCAACGCUCCUCAUCCUCUGCAUCUUCUCCCAUUUCUAAGUACACAGAUAAUGAAACAAAGCGUCAGAGACAAGGCAACUCUAAUAUUCCUUCUUCCCCUAAAAUCCCUUUAGAUAAUCUGCCUGCUGAAAAUGUACCUCAUGAUAUUGCAGAUAGUGUGGAGGAAAAGCAAGUAAGACUAGAUUCUGUGCCAUUAAAAAAAACAGGGUCCAGUCAAGUAUCUCCUAAAACUCCAGAACACACUCACUUGGCUUUACCAUUGAAUCGGCAGUCUUCUGUGUCUCGCAAGGUGGUCCAGAGCCAUCAGACUAAGCCACACACCUCUUCUGUGCCAGUUAAAUUACCUACAUCAUUAACAGUUACAAACUCUCAAAGUCAUUCACGCUAUCCCUCUUCUAAAUUAGUUCACUCUGAUACCCUGGAUAGUUAUGACAAUUAUGAUGGCAAAGAGGCAGAGAGUAGAAAUGAUAGGUCAAGUUCCAGUUCUUCUCAUGAUGGAGAUUCACUUCCAUCACUGCAAACGAAACUUCACUCAGGUUCUAAUCCUCACGUGUUGAAGGAUCCAAAAUUAGCCACUGCCGCUGCAUCAUCACAGUCUGCUGUUUCGUCUUCUGCUAGUCAUACUUUGACUAACUCACGCAUUCCAUCUUCUGCUAAACGCAAGUCUGAGGGAAGGGAUGCUGAUGAUGGUAAUUAUAGUAAGGACACAGAAACAGAAGGGGAAGAGAAAAGACAAGACUCUUCCUUGUCUAGGUUUAAUUCUAGGUCUUUUUUAGGACAGACUGCCUCUGAACGUUUUAAUUUGCCCAAGCACAAGUCAUCUCAUACAAUCAAUAAUUUUCCAAAUAAGAUCAGUAGUAGUCAAGAAUCUAAGCUACCACCAUCUAAACCCCCGUAUUCUGCUGUCUCCUCAAAGGUUCAUCCUCAGACUAAUGCACGCCUAACCUCAACUAGUGCCACUAGGUCUAGUUCCAAUAUCGAGAGAGAUACUAGAGAACUGGAGGGUGAAGAUGAGAAACCAUUACCCUCAACUAUUGCACAUGACCAUUCACCUUCCUCUUCUAGACUGUCAUCUUCAGCAGCAGUCUAUUCUAGAAGAAGAAGUCCUUCAGUAGAGUCUAGUGUUCACCGCAGAGAGCCAGUCAAAGAAAAAUCACAGCUCCCUGGUUCAGAAGAUGAACUUCUUAGUACAGAAAUAGAGGAAACUCCCACAAAAUCAGGCUCUUUGCUUACAGUCCGCCGAUCUUCUUCAUUGCCCUCAAUAUCUGGGAGAUCUCCCUCAUCUACCAAAACUAACCACCGCUCUAGUCCUAGUGUUUCUCACCAGGUAACAAAUAGUCAGGAUUCAAGGUCAAGAACUUUAUCAAGCUCAUCAUCUUCCACUGGGUCUUCAUCAGUGGCUACUGCAGAAAAGUAUUCUCGUGUACAGUCUUCUACUUCCAAACAACAGCCUGAUGAUCAGGACAGUAAGGAGGUGAAGGAAACCUUUGCAAAAUCAAAACAAAGUAUACCUUUGUCUAAAAAAACAUUAACUGGAGGCUCUCAUUUUUCAUCUAAAAAACCUCUCCAUUCAGAACCAAGCCCUUCUCAAAAGGCACAUGCGGGUCAGUCUCAACUUCCAUUCUCCUUAUUAAAUUCUAGAGGCUGGCGUCCUGCUCAGAUCUCCCACAAAAGUAAUGAAAAAUUACAGGAGGAUGAGGAUGUGGCUGAGGAGGAGGAAGCAGAUGACAAAAUAAAUACCCAUUCUGCAUUCCCUAAAGAUGUCUCUUCUUCUAGGAGAAUAUCUACCUCUUUGUCUCAGGGAAGUUCUAGCUCAUCUCUUUCAAAGCUCCAGCAGUCAGUUUCUCAAAUUAGUAAAGUUGAUGAAAAACACAAAAGUAGUCAUGACUCUCCAACUUCUUCCAGAGGAUCAAGUUCAUCUUUGCCAGCAGGCAGACAUGUUGGAUCCAGGGUAGCCACUUCAAAUGAACAGGUGUCAGAUUCGUAUAAACAAUCUUCAUCUUCCUAUCAAUCAAAACCCUCUCAGCCAAGCUCUAGCUCCAUCACUGACACAGCAAAGGACAAUCAGAAUAGCAGGGAUACUUCUUUAUCUUCAAAGUCAUCCUCCACUUCUUUGAGACGAACUCAUCCUUCAGUUCCUAAUUACCAUUCAGGUUCCAGAGUCCCUACUAGAAUAGCAUUCAAAAGUGAGAAGAAAUAUGGACCAUUCCAGUCGCCACCAUCAAAAGUGGAACCUUCUCCAAAAGCUCCUUUCUCCUCUAUAUCUAAAUCUCGCCAGUCUGGUUCAAAAGAUGAUGAGGAGGAGGAGGGAGAAGUGGAGGAGAAACCCACAUUAUCUUCAGCUGCAAAAUGGUCAUCUUCCUCCAAUUCUAGAGGCAAUACAAAUAUGAAUGGCAAUGGUGCCAGGGAUAAAAAGAAACCCAUGGGCUCUCGUCUAAUACACAAAGUAAACUCUGCAGAAGAAAAAGAGGAGGAAGAGCCUCCCACUUUAAAACAAUCUCUUCCUGCCUCACAAGGCAGGUCAUCGUCUUCUGUAGUCUCAAGAAUUUCUCAGACCCCUAACAAACCACAUACAUCUUCUAAGCCAAGAUUGGCCUGGCCACGCUCCUCUGCAUCCUUAUCUGUGCCUUCUCAGCUGUAUCCCACACGCUCUGCUUCUCCAACUCUUACUUCAUCUUCAUCCCCUCUCGUGCCCCAUCAACGACUACAAAGGCAACGAAACCUUUCUCAACGGCAAUUUGUCAGACCUCCAUAUAGACAAGGUAGUAAUGGUAGGCCCAAUCUUACAACAAAAACAAAUAUAAAUGGGAAAAUACUACCUGGUAAUAAUGGAAAACAAAGUGGACAAAGAAUAAUCAAUGGUCCUCAAGGAACAAAGUGGAUUGUAGAUCUCGACCGAGGGGUAGUGUUGAAUGCUGAAGGAAGAUACCUCCAAGAUUCCCAAGGAAACCCCCUCCGAGUGAAACUAGGAGGAGAUGGACGCACUAUUGUUGAUGCUGGUGGUGCUCCAGUAGUGAGUCCUGAUGGAUUACCUUUGUUUGGACAUGGGCGAUUUAGUAAACCUCUAGCAAGUGCACAAGAUAAACCAGUAGUAAGCCUUGGAGGGAAACCACUGAUUGGUCUUGAAAUGAUUAAAAAGACAACAACUUCUUCAACAACUACGACCACAAUUCCCACAACAACCACAACUACCAUCACAACCACCACUCCUGAACCAACGACUACUGAGCUUCCGACAGAGAAACCACUACCUACAUGUCCCCCAGGCACUGAUGCUAAGUAUGAUGAGGAGGGCAUGUUGGUAAUAGGGCUUGAUGGCCUGCCUGAAUGCAGUGCAGAAGAUACAUUCUCAGGGCUGGAUAUGGAUGUGACACCAACUCCAGAGGCAUAUGUGAUCUAUGACGAAGACUAUGAGUUUUUUGAGAGCACUUUGCCUCCCACCACUACCAUGAUCACUACUACUACUGCUGCUACUACUACUACUACUACAGAAGCAGUGCCUGAGACAGACUAUCCAGAGAUCAGUGUUGCCGGCUCCGAUCCUAUGUCAGAAUUUGACUUAGCUGGGAAGAAACGAUUUACAGGUUACUUGGUUUACAGUGCAUCUUAUGAUGACUUUAUAAGGAACAAGUGGUCAACCAAGACUGCAGGGGCUACUCAUUUACCUAUUGAGAACCUGAAGCCAAAUACAAGAUACUAUUUUAAAGUCCAAGCAAAGAAUCCCUAUGGUUAUGGGCCUAUUAGCUCUUCGGUCUCAUUUGUCACAGAAUCUGAUAAUCCACUGCUUAUUGUCAGACCACCUGGUGGUGAGCCCAUCUGGAUCCCUUUCACUUUUAAAUAUGAUCCCACCUACUCAGACUGCAGUGGAAAGCAGUAUGUGAAACGCACUUGGUACCGAAAAUUUGUGGGAGUGGUUCUUUGCAACUCUUUGAGGUACAAGAUUUACCUCAGUGAUGACCUGAAAGAUACAUUCUAUGGCAUUGGAGAUAGCUGGGGGAGAGGUGAGGACCACUGCCAGUUUGUGGAUUCACACAUGGAUGGAAGAACAGGGCCUCAGUCAUAUGUAGAAGCCUUGCCCACCAUUCAAGGGUAUUAUCGCCAGUAUCGCCAGGAACCCGUGUCAUUUGGGCGCAUUGGUUACACAACACCUUACUACUACGUCAGCUGGUAUGAGUGUGGCGUGCCAAUUCCAGGGAAAUGGUAACCAUGUAGCAGUCCACCUGCAGAUCGUAUGGAGAGUGCACCAAUCAUGCCUUUCAAAUGACUUGUACUGGAAGACUGUGACUAGUUGUUUAGGAAAAGAAUAAAACAUGAAAGAAACCAGCUAAGACCAGUUGCUCAAGAGACCCCAACCAAACCAAAUACUGUACACAUUUUCUCAGCUGAAAUCUGUGGUGCUGUUUGAUCACUCGGCUUGGGACAGGAUUUGAAUUUGGUGCCCUACUUUCCUUCUCUGGGUCUUAAAAGGCAUGGAGAUGUGGUUGUAAUGGGUGCAACCAGUGCUCAGUGAAACCUAAAACUUUACUGUUCACAAAAACUUGGAAGUUGCGUAUAUCCUGCAGGAAUGACCUAAGCAUGCUGUGCUUGCUUAAUGGAAUGUUAAACACUUUUCAUUGUUAUUAAUAGAAUGCUCCAUCACUUA